AUGGUGAAAGAAACGACUUACUAUGAUGUUUUGGGGGUCAAACCCAAUGCUACCCAGGAAGAGUUGAAGAAGGCUUACAGGAAACUGGCCUUGAAGUACCACCCUGAUAAGAAUCCAAAUGAAGGUGAGAAGUUUAAACAGAUUUCCCCAGCUUAUGAAAUUCUCUCUGAUGCGAAGAAAAGGGAAUUAAAUGACAAAGGAGGAGAGCAGGCAAUUAAAGAGGGUGGAGCAGGUGGUGGUUUUGGCUCCCCAAUGGACAUCUUUGAUAUGUUUUUUGGAGGAGGAGGAAGGAUGCAGAGAGAAAGAAGAGGUAAAAACGUUGUACAUCAGCUGUCAGUAACCUUAGAAGAUUUAUAUAAUGGUGCAACAAGAAAACUGGCCCUGCAAAAGAAUGUGAUUUGUGACAAAUGUGAAGGCCGAGGUGGUAAGAAAGGAGCAGUAGAGUGCUGUCCCAAUUGCCGAGGUACUGGAAUGCAAAUAAGAAUUCAUCAGAUAGGACCUGGAAUGGUUCAGCACAUUCAGUCUGUGUGCAUGGAGUGCCAAGGCCAUGGAGAGCGGAUCAGUCCUAAAGACAGAUGUAAAAGUUGCAAUGGAAGGAAGAUAGUUCGAGAGAAAAAGAUUCUAGAAGUUCAUAUUGACAGAGGCAUGAAAAACAGCCAGAAGAUAACAUUCCAUGGUGAAGGAGACCAAGAACCAGGACUGGAGCCAGGAGAUAUUAUCAUUGUACUAGAUCAGAAAGAUCAUGCUGUUUUUACUCGGUGAGGAGAAGACCUUUUCAUGUGUAUGGAUGUACAGCUGGUUGAAGUAUUGCGUGGCUUCCAGAAACCAAUUUCCACACUCGACAACCGAACCAUAGUCAUCACCUCUCAUCCGGGUCAGAUUGUCAAGCAUGGAGGUAUCAAGUGUGUGUUAAAUGAAGGCAUGCCAAUUUAUCGUAGACCAUAUGAAAAGGGUCGCCUAAUCAUUGAAUUUAAGGUAAACUUCCCUGAGAAUGGCUUUCUGUCUCCUGAUAAACUCUCUUUGCUG